AUGUUGAACAAGAUGACCUUCUUCCUACAGCAGCAGAUGAUGAGAGGUCCUAGGUGGAACCGGGCCUUGUCUGACCCAUUGUUUAUACUGUUGCUGGCCUUGCAAUUGCUUGUGGUUGCUGGCUUGGUGAGAGCCCAGACUUGUCCAUCCGUCUGCUCUUGCAGUAAUCAGUUCAGUAAGGUCAUUUGUACACGUCGUGGCCUGCGAGAUGUACCAGAUGGUAUCUCUACAAACACCAGGUACUUAAAUCUACAAGAGAAUUUAAUCCAAGUGAUCAAGGUAGAUAGCUUCAAGCAUUUACGGCACCUGGAAAUCUUGCAGCUCAGCAAGAACCAUAUCCGUAGUAUUGAGAUUGGAGCUUUUAAUGGAUUGGCCAGCUUAAACACCCUGGAACUCUUUGAUAACAGGCUAACUACUAUACCUAAUGGAGCAUUUGAGUAUCUAUCAAAGUUAAAGGAGUUAUGGCUGCGGAAUAAUCCCAUUGAGAGCAUACCAUCCUAUGCCUUCAACCGGGUGCCCUCAUUAAGAAGGCUGGAUUUGGGUGAGCUGAAAAGGCUCUCAUAUAUUUCAGAAGGUGCUUUUGAAGGCCUAAGCAAUCUGCGUUACCUGAACCUUGGCAUGUGUAAUCUAAAGGAAAUCCCUAAUCUUACACCUCUGGUACGUUUAGAUGAGCUGGAGAUGUCAGGAAAUCAACUUUCAGUUAUACGACCAGGUUCUUUCAAAGGCCUUGUCCACUUGCAGAAACUGUGGAUGAUGCAUGCUCAGAUCCAGACAAUUGAAAGGAAUGCCUUUGAUGAUCUUCAGUCACUUGUGGAACUGAAUUUGGCUCAUAAUAACCUUACCCUGCUCCCUCAUGACCUCUUCACACCGCUGCAUCAUUUGGAGAGGGUGCACUUGCACCACAACCCAUGGAAUUGUGACUGUGACAUUCUCUGGCUUAGCUGGUGGCUCAAGGAAGUAGUACCAGCUAAUACCAGCUGUUGUGCUCGCUGCAGUACCCCUGCUAGCCACAAGGGAAGGUACAUUGGUGAGUUGGAUCAAAACUAUUUCCACUGUUAUGCACCUGUCAUUGUGGAGCCACCAACUGAUUUGAAUGUGACAGAGGGCAUGGCAGCAGAACUAAAAUGUCGGGCAAGUUCACUGACAUCAGUCAGUUGGAUUACCCCCAAUGGGUCGAUCAUGACACAUGGAGCAUACAAGGUGCGCAUUUCUGUGCUAAAUGAUGGAACAUUAAACUUUACAAAUGUUACAAUGCAGGACACAGGAACAUAUACAUGUAUGGUUAGCAACUCAGCAGGUAACACCACUGCCUCUGCUACACUAAAUGUAUCCUCAACAGAGAACAGCAGUUUCAGCUAUUUUACCACAGUGACGGUAGAAACAAUUGAGCCAUCAAAUGAUGAAGGGCACACCAUAGUACAUCAGAAAGUGGGUCCAACUCCUUCUUCUGGAGUAUGGGAGACAUCUUCCUUAGCUUCAUCAACCACAACAACAACAACCCGAAUGCAAGUCUCCACCAAGGCCACAGAAAAAACAUACACCAUCCCAGUCACAGCACUGGGAGAUGGCUCUCUCAACACCCUAGAUGAGGUGAUGAAGACCACUAAGAUAAUCAUUGGAUGCUUUGUGGCCAUCACACUAAUGGCUGCAGUUAUGCUGAUUAUCUUCUACAAAAUGCGCAAACAGCAUCAUCAGCAGAAUCACCAUGCACCAACACGAACCAUUGAGAUCAUCAAUGUGGAUGAAGACUGCAUGACUGCUGGCCCAACUAUGGAGGGUCAUCUGACUCUGCCACCUCUUGAGCAUGAGCAUCUUAACCACUACAAUACUUAUAAGACAACAUAUAAUCAUGCAUCCACCAUCAACUCUAUACACAGCUCUGCACACGAACCUUUGCUUAUUCGGGCCAGCUCAAAAGACAAUGUACAAGAAACCCAGAUCUGA